CGGUGCAUGCCGGGCGGCCUGCCCGCCGUGACGCUGCACAUCGCACCCGGCACCGCCACCGGGCCCGCGGCCAUGGCGGGCGUCAAGGUGAUCGCCAACGACACCGAGUUCCAGCCCGAGCUGAGCGCCGCCGGCUCCCGCCUGGCCGUGGUGAAGUUCACCAUGAGGGGGUGCGGCCCUUGCCUGCGGAUCGCACCCGCCUUCAGCGCUCUGAGUAACAAAUACCCUCAGGCAACAUUCCUGGAGGUGGACGUGCACCAGUGCCAGGGCACGGCUGCCACCAACAACAUCUCAGCAACGCCCACCUUCCUGUUCUUCCGGAACAAGGUGCGGAUCGACCAGUACCAGGGAGCAGAUGCUGUGGGCCUGGAAGACAAAAUCAAACAGCACCUGGAGAACGAUCCCGGCAACAGCGAAGACACAGACAUUCCCAAAGGAUACAUGGAUCUGCUGCCCUUCAUCAACAAGGCUGGCUGCGAGUGCCUCAAUGAGAGCGACGAGCAUGGCUUCGAGAACUGCCUGCGCAAGGACUCCUCCUACCUGGAGUCCGACUGCGACGAGCAGCUGCUCAUCACUGUAGCUUUUAGCCAGCCUGUCAAGCUGUACUCUAUGAAACUUCAGGGGCCAGACAACGGGCAGGGGCCCAAGGGCAUCAAGAUCUUCACCAACCUGCCGCGCUCCAUGGACUUCGAGGAGGCAGAGCGCAGCGAGCCCACGCAGGCGCUGCAGCUGGGCCCGGAGGACAUCCGGGAGGAUGGCAUCGUGCAGCUGCGCUACGUCAAGUUCCAGAACGUCAACAGCGUCACUUUGUUUGUCCAGUCCAAUCAUGGUGACGAGGAGACGACACGAAUCACGUAUUUCACAUUUAUUGGCACUCCGGUGCAGGCCACCAACAUGAACGACUUCAAACGAGUAGUGGGCAAGAAGGGAGAGAGCCACUAGAGGAGCGGCGCCGCGUGGCCUGGCCCGGCUGCGCUGCUCUCCGUUCCCGGAUGAUGGUCUGGGCAGUGCCAGGCGCUGUCCCCGGGUCUGCUGCCAUUCCCAAUAAAUCAUUGCUUUCAGCUGCAGCCUGCUCCUGCUCUGCUCCUGCUCCUGCUGCUGCUCCUGCUGCUGGAUUUGUAAAUAAAACUCCUGACUUUUGCCAGGCCGGA